AUGGCAAGUAGCAAUCUGCUUGACUGGCCAGAACCCAUUGUACCAGUGCAAACUCUUUCCAACUCUGGUAUGAGCUCCUUGCCACAACAGUACAUCAAGCCUCCAUCUGAGCGUCCUAGUGAUGUCACAAAUGAUCCUAAUCUCAGCAUCCCAGUUAUCGAUCUUGCUAGCUUCUCUAAUGCCCCUGAACAUCACCAAGAAAUGCUAAAAGCAAUAGCCUCUGCAUGCAAGAACUGGGGUUUCUUCCAGUUAGUGAACCAUGAUGUGGACACGGAGGCUGUGAGGAGGAUGAGAAGUGCAUGGAGGGAGUUCUUUGACCUCCCCAUGGAAGAGAAGAAGGUACAUGCCAACUUACCGGUAACAUAUGAGGGCUAUGGAAGCCGCCUUGGAGUUGAGAAAGGGGCAAUCUUGGAUUGGAGUGACUAUUACUUCCUUAAUCUCUUCCCAAGUGAUAUCAGAAACCUUGACAAGUGGCCAAAGAUUCCUACUGACCUGAGGUACAUGAUAUUUUUCUUUUCUCGAGAAAACCCAGCUUCAUUUUAUUUUUUUAAUUUAUCCUCAUUCUUUAUAAGUUCUUGCAGUUUAGAGUUUCCUGAUAUGUUUGGUUACACAGUUUCCUAUUUUAUUUGUCCAUAUUUGAUAUUGUUUUGGUAUUUAUUCAGGGAAGCCACUGAGAAGUAUGCAUGCCAACUAAUAAGUCUCUGUCAAGUCUUGCUCAAGGCUAUGUCCAGUAGCUUAGGGUUGGAGGAGGACUACCUCCAUAAUGCUUUUGGUGGCAGUGAUGGCAUCUCGGCUACCAUGCGUGUGAACUACUAUCCAAGAUGCCCACAGCCUGAGCUCACUCUUGGUCUCUCAUCUCACUCUGACCCCGGUGGCAUCACCUUGCUCCUCACUGAUGAUAACGUCGAGGGGACACAGGUACGCAAGGGAGACGCAUGGGUCACCGUGCAACCAGUCCCAGGUUCCUUCCUCGUAAACGUUGGUGAUCAGAUUCAGAUCCUGAGCAACGGGUGUUACAGGAGCGUGGAGCACCGUGCGCUGGCCAACUCCGACAAGGAGCGCUUCACCAUCUCCUUCUUCUGCAACCCUCGAGGCGACCUCCCCAUCGCUCCGGCGAGGGAGCUCGUCGGCCCGGGCUCGCCGGCGCUGUACCAGGAGGCCCUCACCUUCAGCGACUACCGCAAGUACAUGCGCACCAAGGGCCCCAGCGGCAAGACGCAGGUGCAGUCCAUCAGCAGCGCCAUGCAGCCAGGGCCUGCAGCUUGA